CUCAGGCCUAGUUCUCACUAAGGUGGUAAACCUGUCUCUGGGCUGUAUCGCUUCAUACCAGACAUAGAAAACUAGAUAUCGGGGAGAAGGUUUCUAGACUAGUAUUUUCCCUGACAUAUUAAUUGUGUAUAUAAAUGGGGAUUCUUUUGUGUGUGGAGGAACUUUAAGUUAUGUGAAUAUUGGAGGAGAGCUGGUCUUGUGGCAGCAAGUAUGAAUUGUCCCCUUUGCUAAGCAGAGUCCACCCUGAUUUGGAUGAAAGACGACUACAUGUGUGAGCACUGUGAGAUAUUUCCCUUAGGGGAUGGGGCCACUCUGGAAAGAUCCCCUGUAUGCUUGCAUGCAGACGGUUCCAAGUUCCCUCCCUGGCAUCUCCAGAUAGGGCUGAGAGACACUCUUGCCUUCAGUCUUGGAGAAGCUUCUGCCAGUCUGUGUAGACAGUACUGAGCUAGAUAGACCAAUGGUCUAACUCGGUAUAUGGCAGCUUCCUAUGUGAAUCCCUAUCAGAGCAACAGCUCUGCUCUGCUCUGAUUUUUUACCUUAGUGAGUACUAGACCUUAGACUCAACAAAAUUGUCAAACUCAGACUGAAAUAAGACUGCCCAGUUAGUGAUAGGAGCAGCUACAAGGUCACUUAGCAGCUAACUGAGCGUGAGAACUUGAUGAGGGGACAGCGUGAAGAGGAAGAGAGGCUGCUUCAGGCCAUCCCCUUGUUCUGCUUUCCAGAUGGCAAUGAAUGGGCACCACUCACAGAGUAUACCAGUGAAACAUUUUCUUUUGUCCUCACCAAUGUUGAUGGAAGUAGAAAGAUUGGCUACUGCAGGCGACUUUUGCCAUCUGGACGAGGUGCUCGUCUUCCGGAGGUUUACUGCAUCAUCAGCUGCCUGGGUUGCUUUGGCCUUUUCUCAAAGAUUUUGGAUGAGGUAGAGAAAAGGCGACAGAUUUCUGCAGCAGUCAUCUAUCCCUUUAUGCAGGGUCUGCGUGAAUCCCCCUUUCCAGCACCAGGAAAAACUGUCACGAUUAAAAGCUUCAUCCCUGACUCAGGAACCGAGCUUCUUGAGCUAACACGGCCACUGGAUUCUCGCCUGGAACAUGUGGAAUUUCAGGCCCUCUUACAGUGUCUCAGUCCGGAGCAGAUUCUCAUGAUAUUUGCCUCAGCAGCUCUAGAACGACGAAUAGUUUUCCUGGCUGAGGAACUCAGUUCCCUCUCCAAGUGCAUCCAUGCAGCUGCAGCACUUCUUUAUCCUUUUACCUGGGCACAUACAUACAUCCCAGUAGUUCCAGAGCAGCUCCUCAGCACUGUCUGUUGCCCCACGCCCUUCAUGGUUGGGAUCCAAAAGCGCUACCUGGAAGAGGUUCUGGAUCAACCCAUGGAAGAGGUUCUACUUGUUGAUCUGUGUGAAGGGAAGUUCCUGAAAUUGGUUGGUGAUGAAGAAGAGAUCUUGCCUGCCAAGCUACAGAGUGAGAUGCUGUCCUCUCUGCCCACAUUAAACAACAACAUACAGUCAUCUGAGGAACUCAAUGCACGUGUUUCAGACACCUUUGUGCAGUUCUUCGUCAAAAUAGCUGGCCAUUACCCAUCACACAUCAAAUGGAACAAAAAUGGUCAGGGCUGCUUCCAGGAGCGAUCUUUCUGCAAAGCCCUCACCUCCAAGACAAACCGCAAGUUUGUGAAAAGAUUUGUGAAGACUCAGAUGUUCUCAUUAUUUAUUCAGGAAGCAGAAAAGAGCAGAAAAUGUGCUGAAGGGUAUUUUCAGCAGAAAUUAAAUGAAUACCAAGAACAAAAGAAGCACAGAAGACUCUCCUGAACCUAUGUUCUAGAAGAGAGGAGUGCUCACCAGCAGAUAGGCAGGUCUGUGCCCAGACUAAUCUGCUGUUUGGACCAAGGCAACCACUCUUUAGAAGGAAGAACGUUCAUGGCUCUCACAGCAAUAUCUCACCUUCAUUUGUAAAUAUUGAGAUGCCAGGGUGGCUUCGGACUCUAGUUCCUACCCUUCCUCCUCCUCUUGCAUGACUGGCACUACGGACUGCUCUUUGAUAUAGUUAAAAGUUUGGUUGUGAUGUCUAGCCCAACUGACAGUAGGACAAAGCUACGGGUCUUAAUAAAAUGACAGUGAAAAGCUGUAAUGAGCCAAAUCAUCAUCUUGGUCUAGAAACACAGUGAAAUCAGGGAAAUGUGAGGUAAUACAUGACAAUGAAGAAUGUAGAGCAAUUAGUAAGACAAAUGAUAUUCUCUCAUUAAAAUGAUUUCCAGUCCAAAGUCUUCAUAUCAAAUAUUUGUUUCUGAUGGGAUCCCAUUGUUGGGAUGAUGGUGAUGAUGCACUUGUUUCUGUUGUAUAAAGAUUUUUAUCUCCAA